UUGUACGCUUGUGUGUUUUGCCACUUUGCGAAAAGAAAAAUGAAAUGUGCCUGGAUUCUUUACCUGUGUCAGAUGUUUUUAGGAGCUUAUAGCUCAUCCCGAGAAGGAAAGGGGCCGAAUUUUGUUCUUAUGAUGGUGGAUGACCUGGGAAUCGGGGAUUUAGGAUGCUAUGGUAACACAACUCUGAGGACACCCAAUAUUGAUCGUUUGGCCCAGGAGGGGGCGAAGAUGACCCAGCACAUCGCAGCUGCACCCCUCUGUACCCCCAGCAGAGCUGCGUUCCUGACCGGCCGUUAUGCGGUCAGGUCAGGUAUGGCUAGUUAUGGCCGAGUGGGUGUUUACAUCAUGUCUGCUGUUUCUGGCGGUCUCCCUACAGAGGAAAUCACAUUUGCACAACUCGCCAAGCAGCAAGGCUAUGCCACUGCACUCAUAGGCAAGUGGCAUCUGGGCUUAAACUGUGAGAAGAGUGAUGACUUGUGUCACCACCCGAACCGUCACGGGUUUGAUCACUUCUACGGCAUCACAGUGACCAAUCUGCGCGAUUGCCAGCCUGGCCACGGCUCCAUUUUCAUCAACGUUUUCUCACACAUCCCCUACAGAAGCAUUGGGAUUGGUGCAGCCACUCUGGCAUUUCUGCAUGCUUUUGGGAUUAUUGCUGUGUCACCAAAACUGGUCCUGAAUUUGGGAUUGCUUAUGGUUAUUCUCUCAGCUCUCUUUGCCGGUUUCGUUUUCACGUUCCCGUAUUUCAACUGCUUCCUCAUGAGAAACCAGGAGAUCGUAGAGCAGCCUUUUUUAUCUGAGAACUUAACGCAAAGGAUGACUUAUGAAGCAGUAGAGUUUUUACAAAGGAAUUCAGAGAGACCCUUCCUGUUGUUCUUCUCCUUCAUUCAAGUGCACACGGCGCUCUUUGCAUCCCCAGAGUUCCGGGGGAGGAGCCAGCAUGGUCUCUAUGGCGAUGCAGUGGAGGAGGUGGACUGGAGUGUAGGAAAGAUAAUGGAGACCUUGGACUCCCUGGGGCUCAGUGAGAACACUCUGGUGUACCUUACCUCAGAUCAGGGUGCCCAUCUUGAGGAGAUCUCCGUCAGAGGGGAAGUGCACAGGGGUUGGAAUGGCAUCUACAGAGCUGGGAAGUCCACAAACUGGGAGGGAGGGAUUCGCGUUCCAGGAAUCGUUAGGUGGAGUCAGGUAAUACCUGGCAACAAGAGCAUAGAUGAACCCACUAGCAACAUGGACAUCUUCCCUACAGUGGCAAGUCUGGCAGGCGCACGCAUACCUGAGGACAGAGAGAUUGAUGGACGCAGCCUCAUGCCCCUCCUGCUGGGUGAAGUUGAGCGUUCCGAGCACGAGUUUCUCUUCCACUACUGCAAUGCCUACCUAAAUGCUGUAAGGUGGAGACCCUCAAACAGUAAAUCCAUCUGGAAGGCAUUUUUCUUCACUCCAAUCUUUUCUCCUGAAAAUUCGACCACCUGCUUCCAUACGCACGCGUGCUUUUGCACAGAGGGCUAUGUGACGUACCAUGACCCCCCCUUGCUGUUCGACCUCUCCAGAGACCCGUCGGAGAGCACGCCCCUGACACCUCAGACAGAGCCGGAGUUCCACACCAUCCUCGAGGUCAUGCAGCAGGCAGUGGCUCGGCACACCCGUACCCUGACGCACGUGCCUGACCAGCUGUCCCCGGGAAACAUGCUGUGGAAGCCCUGGCUCCAGCCCUGCUGCUCCACCCUGUCCCAGCUGUGCAGGUGUAACAGGGACCACCUCGGCAGCUAGGCCUCCCGCUUCAGUCACUGAGAAGGGGUUCAUUGUCAUCUUAAUGAUGCCAUCACAAGUUGCAGCAUGCUGCAAAUGGAUCCAAGGUCGUACAGCUCCACAAGGCUUGGGAAAUCCCAUUUUGCAAUGUGAUGGGC